CCAGAGCGGAGUGCCAGUGCGUGACCAUCUUGAGCUCUUCAAAACAUCGAGAAAAAUGUUAUCGAAGGUUCAGCUUGCUCGGCAUAUCGGACGUCGAUGCCUGUCAUCCGAAAGCACGAAACACUGUCAAUUAUUGAUAGUUGGCGCCGGAUCAGGAGGCUUGGGGGCGGCAGCGAUACUCGGAAAAAAGUUCAAGACGACGAUAUUGGAUCCGGCAGAUCAUCAUUACUACCAGCCGUACUUCACUCUCGUCGGUGGAGGCCUCAAAAGUCUCGAUGACUGCAGAAAACCCAUGGAACAGGUAAUGCCGACCAAUGUUAAAUGGAUCAAAGAAGCCGUGGACAGUUUCGAUCCAUCGCAAAAUUUCAUAGUGACGAAAAACGGAACUACAAUAAAAUACGACAUGCUCGUGGUGGCGACCGGCAUCCAUCCAGACUUCUCGAGCAUUCCCGGACUCGAAGAAGGCUUGAAGACCCCGAACGUCGGCAGCAUAUACUCUCCGGAGACGGCUCCCAGGAUGAUUGAAGUGCUCAAGAAUUUCAAAGCAGGCAACGCGAUUUUCACUUUUCCCGCAACGCAGAUCAAAUGCCCCGGAGCCCCUCAGAAAAUCGCAUAUCUGACAGAUGAGUUCCUGUCUAAAGCCGACAAGCGAGAAGACGCGAAAAUUAUCUACAAUACGGCUGGAGGUGUUCUCUUCGGAGUGAAGAAAUACGCCGAUGCCCUCUGGAAAGUCGUAGAAGAGAAAGAAAUAAUUGUCAAUCUGCAACACAAUCUCGUUCGAGUUCGUCCAGACAUCAGAGAGGCCGUCUUUGAGAGAGCCGACAAGACCCGAGUUUCCAUGAGCUACGAACUGUUGCACGUGACUCCUCCGAUGUAUCCUCUUAGAGAGGUUGCGCGGAGUUCUCUAGCCGAGGCUACGGGCUUUGUCGACAUCGACAAACUGACUCUACAGCACAAGAAAUUCGACAACGUCUUCGCAAUAGGAGACUGCACCAAUGGUCUUCCAAAAACCGCAGCAGCUGUUGCGGCGUGUUUGGGUGUCUUGGCCGACAAUGUCGUUUCCAGAUCACGAGGCGAGGAAUUGAAAGCGGCCUAUAACGGCUACACUUCGUGUCCGCUGACCACGGGUUUCGAGAAUUGCAUUUUGGCGGAAUUCAACGGAUUCACAUCAGAACCGAUGGAGACAUUCCCAUUCAAUCAAGCCAAGGAGAGACGGAGCAUGUACGUUCUCAAAAAGGAUAUCAUCCCCGCUAUAUAUUGGAAGCUCUUCGUGAAGGGCAGGUGGACGGGCCCGAGCACAUUCAGACGAUUGAUGCGUCUCGGUUUUUCUUGAAUGGAACGGAGGGGAUUCAACCUCUUCACCGAAAAUCAUAUGCUCUCUCAUGGAUGAUGAGGCAUGCUCUGGGCAGAGAACCCUCAGAAAAUCUUAUCCAGGUGACGCCGUACAGGGGAGAGAUG